AUGCGUCUAUUCGCAUUAUUCUCGGUCCUCCUUCUGGGGUUGAGCAACCUCGUCUCAGCAACCGAUAAUGGAAAGACAACCGAUGUCACCUGGGAUAAAUAUAGUCUCUCAGUGAAGGGGGAGAGAGUAUUUAUCUAUUCUGGCGAAUUUCAUUAUCAGCGUCUUCCGGUGCCGGAAUUGUGGUUGGAUGUUUUUCAGAAACUUCGUUCGAAUGGGUUUAAUGCUGUUUCGAUCUACUUUUUCUGGAGUUUCCACUCCGCCUCAGAAGAUGUAUUCGACUUUGAAAAUGGCGCCCACGAUAUCCAGCGCGUCUUCGACUACGCCAAACAAGCUGGUCUAUAUGUCAUAGCCCGAGCAGGACCAUACGUGAACGCAGAAACAUCAGCCGGCGGCUUCGCAUUAUGGGCAGCAAAUGGACAAAUGGGCAGUGAACGAACCAGCGCGGAAUCAUACUAUUCAAAAUGGUAUCCGUGGAUCAUCAAGGUGGGCGAAAUAAUUGCCAAAAAUCAGAUCACGAAUGGCGGACCGGUUAUCCUAAACCAGCACGAGAAUGAACUGCAAGAGACGACGCACAGCGCAGACAAUACUCUGGUCAAAUACAUGGAGCAAAUCGCUGACGCAUUUACCGAGGCCGGUAUCGUUGUGCCGAGCUCGCAUAAUGAGAAGGGCAUGCGCUCGAUGAGUUGGUCAACUGAUUACGAAGAUGUCGGUGGUGCGGUCAAUGUCUACGGAUUGGAUAGUUACCCCGGUGGAUUAUCGUGCACGAAUCCAGACUCCGGGUUCAAUCUCGUUCGAACUUACUACCAAUGGUUCCAGAACUACUCCUACACCCAACCCGAGUAUCUGCCGGAAUUCGAGGGAGGCUGGUUUCAGCCUUGGGGUGGGUAUUUCUAUGAUACAUGUGCCGCGGAACAAUCGCCCGAAUUCGCGGACGUUUAUUACAAGAAUAAUAUCGGGUCUCGUGUUACGCUGCAGAAUCUUUAUAUGGUUUUUGGCGGGACGAAUUGGGGACAUAGUGCCACGCCGGUGGUUUAUACUUCUUACGAUUAUGCGGCGCCGUUGAGGGAGACGAGGGAGGUUAGGGAUAAACUUAAGCAGACGAAGCUUCUUGGUUUGUUUACGCGGGUUUCGGGUGAUUUGUUGAAGACGGAUAUGGAAGGAAAUGGGACGGGGUAUACUAGCGAUGCGAGUAUUUUCACUUGGGCUCUGAGGAAUCCUUCGACGAAGGCUGGAUUCUAUGUUCUUGCGCAUUCUAAGAGUUCGUCGAGGGAUGUGACGAGUACAUCUUUGAAUGUCAAUACUACGGCUGGCGCUAUUAUCAUCCCAGACAUCGAGCUGGCUGGUCGACAGAGCAAGAUCAUAGUCACAGACUACACAAUCGGCAAAGCAUCCAGCCUCCUCUACUCAUCCGCCGAGGUUCUGACCUACGCGACUCUCGACGUCGACGUGAUCGUGUUCUACUUGAACAUCGGCCAGCAAGGAACAUUUGUGUUCAAGGACGCUACUAAAGGGUUGACAUUCCACGCAUACGGUAACUCGAAUGUGACCUCGUCAUCAUCAGAGCAUGGCACGAAGUAUACCUACACGCAAGGCGAUGGGUCGACAGUGGUCAAAUUCUCUAAUGGAAACCUGGUCUACCUGCUUGACAAGGAAACAGCGUGGAACUUCUUCGCUAUCCCGACGAGUUCCAAUCCGAAUGUUUCGCCAAGUAGGCAGAUUUUGGCUCUGGGCCCGUACUUGGUUCGGUCUGCUUCUAUCGAGAAGGAUACUGUUAGUCUGAUCGGUGAUAAUGCGAACACUACAUCCCUAGAAGUCUACCCCGGAAAUUCAAAAGUCACAAAGAUAAAAUGGAACGGAAAAUCUGUCUCGACAAAGAAAACCGCAUACGGCAGCUUAAUCGCUUCAGCAUCCGGAGCCGAGAAGGCAAAAGUCUCACUGCCAGUUCUCAAAUCCUGGCGCUCACAGGAUACACUCCCCGAAAUCAAGCGCACCUACGACGACUCCCGCUGGACAAUCUGCAACAAGUCGACGACCGUGAAUGCGGUCGCACCACUCUCCCUCCCGGUUCUUUACUCCGGCGACUACGGCUACCACUCUGGAACGAAGGUCUACCGCGGCCGAUUCAACGGACGCACCGCAACAGGCGCGAACAUCACUGUCCAGAAUGGCGUGGCAGCCGGCUGGGCGGCUUGGUUGAACGGGGAAUAUGUUGGUGGUGCAUUGGGAAGUCCGAGUCUCGCGACAACAUUUGCAGAACUGGAAUUCGAUACUUCCUCGCUUGUUGAGAAGGACAAUGUCCUCACUAUCGUGACGGAUUAUACUGGUCACGACGAGAAUAACGUCAAGCCGGCCGGAACGCAGAAUCCGCGCGGGAUAUUGGGAGCCAUACUCACCGGCAGCGACAACGAUAAUUUCACAUCCUGGCGCAUCCAAGGAAAUGCGGGUGGAGAGUCGAAUAUCGACCCCGUCCGCGGAUCCCAGAAUGAAGGAGGCUUAUACGGCGAACGUCUUGGCUGGCAUUUACCCGGAUAUACCGCCCCCAAGAGUGCGGGCAAGGAAACCCCACUGGACGGGGUAUCCAAUGCGGCGGGUCGCUUCUACACAACGACCUUCAAGCUGAAUCUGGAUAAAGAUCUAGACGUGCCGAUUGGACUGCAACUGGGUGCGGCAGCGAAUACAUCGGCGGUGGUGCAGAUCUUCAUGAAUGGGUACCAAUUUGGACACUACCUCCCGCAUAUUGGGCCGCAGACACUAUUCCCGUUCCCGCCGGGGAUCAUCAAUAACCGUGGGGAGAAUAGUUUGGCAAUUAGUCUUUGGGCAUUGUCGGAUGUGGGGGCUCAGUUGGAUCGGGUUGAAUUGGUGGCGUAUGAGAAGUAUCGGAGUGGGUUUGACUUUGAUCGGGAUUGGAGUUAUUUGCAGCCGAAGUGGAGGAAUAAUCGGGGGAAGUACGUGUAG